GAAGGAGCCUCUCUGGAGCAGUCAUAGGUAGGUCCUAGCUCCAGAAAAGGGGUCUCCGGGCCCAGCUUUCAGAUGUCUCUGUGGACAGUGUUUCUGCACGUACAGUGGCUGGUAAAUGCUCUGGUUUGGUGUUUGGGAGGGAGAUUUCAACACUGUCAGGGAAUUCCCUUCCCAAAGAGCAGCUCUGCCAGGGCCCCUCUCUCCACCCUUCAAUACCCCAGCAGCGUUAGCCUGGGUGCUUCAGCUCAUGGCAAUCAAAGGCUGGAUUACAUGAGGCUUCAAGAGAGAACACGGGUCACCAGCCGCUUCGCUGUGAGAUGUAAAAUUAAUGGUGGGAAAAAAACAGUUCAGUCUGCAGAGAGGUGGAAGCAGGAAAUGUCACUAACACAAUCCACUUCCUUCUGCAAUGGGGGAAGGUCCGAUCUUGAAUGAUAAACUUCUCACUAUCUCUUUGGACAACGGAGAGCUGGCAAAGGCUGCGGUGUUGAAAGGUCGCCCUCUGACAACAAAAUGGCUCUGUCGACCCCUGUGUCUGGAUUGUCUCUUCCAUGCCUGGUGCUGCUGCUUCUCCUGGAGAUCCCUGGGGCCGGGGCCCAGGAGUUCCAGCUGCUGCAGCCCCAGGGCGCCGAGUCGGUGCUAGCGGGAGAGACUCUCACUCUGAUCUGCUCUGUGACUGAGCUCGUUCCAGUGGGACCCACAAAGUGGUUCAAGGGCUCGGGCAGUGGCCGCCAGCUCGUUUAUGCUCAGGUGGGAUCAUUCCCCCGGGUGACGCGGGCUGCGAAUGGCUCUGACACAGACUUCACCAUCCGCAUCAGUGACACCCGCCCCGAGGACGCCGGGAUCUAUCGCUGUGUGAA